AGCCCGUGUGGUCGGUGAGUAUAAAGAGGUGCAGAGGGGGGCGAGGGGGCGAGGGCUACGGCUGAAGUACACAAAGCUCGAUAUGGUGCAACUCUCCAAAGCAGGAAUGAAAGAUACUCUAACCCUGAAGGCUGGUCAUCCUCCUGCAGUGAAGGCAGGAGGAAAACGAGUGGUAAAGAAAAGUAAUGAGGACAAUGGAACCCCAGAAAAAGAAAGCAAGAGACCAGAGAAACCAAGGUCCUUGACUGUCUCUUCCCGGAUGCAACAAAUUGGUAUUCUGAUGGCAGGCCCACUGGAAAAGUUGGGCCAUGAUUUCCCUGAGACUCCAGUUUCAGUGCGGCACGGCAAGGUCCGGCCCAGUGUGGAGAAGAUGCACAUUCAGCGCACCUUCUUCAUUCAGCAGCCCCGCAAGUGUUGAGCCAAAAUGUCUGCCAUUGAGGAUGUGGGUAGCUGUGUUGAAUGAUGCACAGCAAGGACCUGACACAAAGUCCCCUUUAAAAAUAUUUAACUUGUCAUUAAAUGACAUCUGUCUAAGCUUGUAGAUAUCUCUGCUUAACCUUGCGGUUGUGCAGCAGAAUGCUUGUUCGGCAUAGACCUUAUGCCCAUCCUUGUGCUUAGACAUCUGUCUACUUUUGUUGGUGCAUGUAGGAGUCAUUUUGUAGCCCAAUGUAGAGCAAAACACACAUGAAUGAUGUUUCUUAUGACUGUACUAAUGUUCAGUUUCAAUGCCUGUGAGCUAGUUUAUAUUGCUUAAAUAAAUAUGCAUGGCAUUUCAGAAAAA